AGAAUAAAUUCAUUUUAUAGAUGAAAGUCACUUCGGAUUGUUAACAGUUUAACCCUGGAACAACAAAUAGUUUGAAGUUAAAUUGGUUUAUGACUUAAAAUAUCUACUCAUGGAAGUAACCGAAGAGGAGACAGAGACAGAAGCAACCCCUUUCACCGUCUUUAAUGAACUUCGUAAAAACAAGCAACUUUGCGAUGUAUCUUUGGAGGUCGGCGAUCAGACGUUUCCCGCCCAUCGCAAUGUCUUGGCGGCUUGCAGUCGAUACUUUCGCGCCCUUUUCACCAUCGGGAUGCACGAGACGGAUGAGAAAGUGAUCAAAAUCCCCGGUGUGGAACCCAGUCUGAUGGAGCAGAUCCUCGAUUACAUUUACACCAAACAAACUCCAGUCAACUCGGAGAAUGUGGUCGAACUUCUACCAGCAGCCGACCAGUUCAACGUAGAAGGUUUGGUCAAAGAAUGUUGCGCAUACUUGGAGGACCACUUCGGCGCGAGUAACUGCGUCGGGAUGUGGCGUUUCGCUCGCUCCUAUUUCUGUUUCCUCCUGGAGCAGUCGGCUUUUCGAUACAUCCUCAAUCAUUUCGAGGAAGUCGCACUCGGGGGCAAGGCCGAAGAAUUCCUUGAGCUCACCAUCGAAGAUCUAGAGUGCAUCGUCAAAGAGGAUGAGUUAAACGUGAAGAUGGAGGAGUAUGUCUUUGAGGCGCUGGUUCGCUGGGUUCGACACAAGGAGACACAAAGAAAGCAAUGCAUUCCUCGUCUUCUGCUUCUAGUUCGGCUGGGUAUGAUCAACACAGACUACUUCAUGAACAGCAUCAAAGCUCAUCCACUUGUUCGUGACGUAGAAGAAUGUCGGGCUGUCAUUAUCCAGACUAUCCACUACACCUACAACUUCGAUCCCAACGAAACGCCUAAGGGACCAAGCGCAGUGCUUUCUCGACCACGACUUCCGUUCAAGCUCCUGUUCGCCGUCGGUGGCUGGAGCGGCGGUAGCCCGACCAGCGCCAUCGAAUGCUACGACACCCGGGCCGAUCGCUGGGUCCUCCUCGACACCGUCAACAACAAACCACGGGCUUACAUGGGCAUCGCAGUCCUCAACCAGAAGCUAUACGCCGUAGGCGGGUUCGACAGUAACCAGUAUUUCAACAGCGUCAGGUGCUUUGAUCCCGUCAAAAAGUCUUGGAUCGAAGUCGCGCCGAUGAAUUCCCGUCGGUGUUACGUGAGUGUGUCAACGCUUGGUGAACAUGUCUACGCUAUGGGAGGAUUCGAUGGCCACACACGUCUCAAGACUGUUGAAAGGUACGACCCGUCCUGCAACCAGUGGACCUUGAUGCACUCGAUGAACCACCAUCGUAGCGAUGCCUCGGCGUGCCGUCUCGACGACAAGAUCGUCAUCGUCGGCGGCUUCAACGGCAACGAAUGCCUGAACUCGGCCGAGGUGUACGAUCCCGAGCUGGAUGAGUGGCGGGAUAUCCCCCGCAUGAACAGCAGGAGAAGCGGUGUCGGAGCAGUAGCAUUUAGGGAUAGUGUCUAUGCUGUCGGGGGCUUUAACGGCCUCACCCGUCUCAACUCAAUGGAGCGAUGGAAGCCCGGCACGAUGCAGUGGAUUGGAGCACCCAGUAUGUACAUCCACCGCAGCAACUUCGGCGUCGCCGUCCUGGACGAUAUGAUCUUUGUCAUCGGGGGCUUCAACGGUAUCACGACCAUCUACAACGUCGAGUGUUACGAUCCCGACAAUGACGAAUGGUACGACGCUUGCGACAUGAACGUCUACCGCAGCGCCCUGAGCAUCGGCGUCGUGUCCAACCUCCCCAACGUCCGCGAGUUCACCUGGCCCCGUGAUCGAGACCUGCCACCCCCUGCCUUCGUGCCCACCCAGGCCUCCCUCGAGCAAGCCGCUAUCGCCAUGGAGGAGAGCAACGCAAGCAGCGAUGAGCGGGUGCUCGAUGACGAGGAGGAUGACGAACCUGUCAACCAGGAGGUGGCCGACGAAGCAGAAAUUGACGAAUUUCUUCUGCAACAAGCUGCUCUUGCAGAAGAGAACGCGGCUGAUGACGAAGAUUAUGAGGAGGAGGAGGGUGACGAUGAUGACGAUGAUGAUAAUGACGAUGUCGACGGUGAUGAAGUGGUUCAAUUUCCUGAUCGAUCACCGAAUAUGCAUAGGCAUCCGGGUCUUAUUCCACUCUCGGGUGCUAGUAGUCCAUUGCAACCACAGGGAGACAGUGAGCAAAAUGACGGAGUGGGCUCGAGCGCGUCAUAAAACAUAAUGAAACAUAAAUCAAUCAUUUUUUUUCGGAAGCGGAACUCACUAUGAGAUCGUCUGGGGGUUAUGAUCAUUUUAUAGCAUCAUCCACAUGUGGAAUUUAAUUCCUUUUCAUACAUAAAUCUGUGAAUUCUCAAAUAAAGUUAUCAAAUUUUCAAAUUUGGUAAAAAAUAUUUAUGCAUUUGGAGAGGACUAAGCUCGGAAUGAUUUUCGCUUAUUGACACACUGGGCACAUGCCACAUUUCAAACAAAAGAUUAUCGGGGACAAAAAUCAAAUGAUAUUCAUGCAGUUCUUGUUUUGGUAAAACAGUGUUAUCGACCGAGACCAAUCUAUCAAUUAUUGGGGCUUAUUAUCGGAUUCAUUUAUGACGAAACCGUUUUACAAAGUGACAAUAGCGCGCAGGAUGACAUAUACGGUAUCUACCUCGUCAUGAAAAUCAUCAUCGUCGUCAUCUGUACCCUCCUCAUUCUCCUCAUCAUCAUCACAGUCAAGAGGAUUAUCGGCAUCGUCAUCGUCAACACCGUCAUCAUCAUCAUCAUCGUCGUCGUCGUCACAUCACCAUCGUCAUCCUCGUCCUCAUCAUCUUCGGCCACUCCAUAUUCGUAUCCUCAUAAACUAGUCAAACUGCCUAAAUUGGAACUCCUGCCCAUUGAUAUAAUGUUAUCUUAGAAGUAGCUAUCGCAAUGAAAUGUUCUUUUCCGUUGCUGACAAGUUUGGAAGAGUACAAGGAGUAACAAUUUUAUUUGAACCCAUUUUACUGCAAAACGUCUAUCAAGCACAGCCAUGAUG